AUGUAAAAACUGGUAUUUUAAACUCUCUUUUUUGACAAUUAAAUUGGUGAUGAAGGUGCAUUAGGCUUAAGUUCUGCUUUAGCAAAUUGCAUUAAUCUCUCAAAUUUGACACUUGAUCUUCGUUUCAAUGAAAUUAGUGCAAUGGGUGCAUCAGGCUUAGGUUCUGCUUUAGAAAAUUGCAUUAAUCUUUCAAAUUUGACACUUUACCUUGGUUUCAAUGAAAUUAGUGCAAUGGGUGCAUCAGGCUUAGGUUCUGCUUUAGAAAAUUGCAUUAAUCUUUCAAAUUUGACACUUCACCUUGGUUACAAUAAAAUUGGUGCAAUGGGUGCAUCAGGCUUAGGUUCUGGUUUAGCAAAUUGCAUUAAUCUCUCUUAUUUAACACUUAAUCUUCGUGACAACUAAAUUGGUGAUAAAGGUGCAUUAGGAUUAGGUACUGUUUUAGCAAAUUGCAUUAAUCUCUCAAAUUUGACACUUGACCUUUAUUACAAUUAAAUUGGUGAUGAAAGUGCUUCAGACUUAGGUUCUGCUUUAGCAAAUUGCAUUAAUCUCUCAAAUUUGACACUUCACCUUGGAAACAAUUAAAUUGGUCCAAUGGGUGCAUCAAGAUUAGGUUCUGGUUUAGCAAAUUGCAUUAAUCUCUCAAAUUUGACACUUGACCUUUAUGGAAAUUAAAUUGGUGCAAUGGGUUCAUCAGGAUUAGGUUCUGGUUUAGCAAAUUGCAUUAAUCUCUAAAAUUUGACACUUCUCCUUAGUUACAAUUAAAUUGGUGAUGAAGGUACAUUAGGCUUAGGUUCUGUUUUAGCAAAUUGCAUUAAUCUCUCAAAUUUGGCACUUCACCUUGGGUAAAAACAGUUUAUUUGUUUUGGAUUGUGA